AUGAUGGAUGUAGAUGAGCCGCCAGAAGAUCAAGCCUCGUUCAAGGACCGAUCAGCCAGCUUCUCAACCACUCCUUCAUCAAAUAAUGCGUCGCAUACCUUUUCAUCGACCCCAGGCGCUGCAGUACGCUCCCGGAAGCGCUCCACUAAGAGAAAAAACAUAUCCCGCAAACGCUCUAGUUCAGGUGGCUCUAGCUACAUGCCUAAACGACGUUGUAUGGAAAUCGUCGUCGGACAGCGACGACUGAGUAGGGUAUUGCUAGAACGUGCAAGGACAAGACUACGAAAGAAGAGAGCCUUCGUUCUCGACUUCUCCUCAGCUUCUGGUCGACCAUUUGUACGAUCUGAUAAAAUCGUUCAUGGGCCGCGCUUACUCGCUGCUACGGAGGAGCUAUUAGCUUCUGCCCGAGAGCUACACACGCAAACGGCAGCGGCAGUCGAUGGUAAUGCACCCGGGCCCCACCAGGCUUUCGACAGCCAUCAGGCGAAGGCCGGUGGAAAAAUCCCCGCCCAUCAGCAACAAACCUAUCCUAGUGCCGUACCAAUAUCGUCGUCAAAUAUUACAUGUGGAGCGACUGGCAUUAACGAGCCAUCGGGCAAGCGACCGAGAGAACAAGGCAGUAGCGCCUCUAGUGAUGGCGAUAGCCCAGCGGAAGAGAGAAACAAAUUGGAUGCAGAGAAUCCGGCUCUGGUGGAUACUCCAAACAAGCGUCUUUGCUAUGGGCUGAGUGAUCCGCAAGGCAUCACAGUAAUUGACGCCGCCGGGCCCCACCAGGCUUCCGACAGCCAUCAGGCGAAGACCGGUGGAAAAAUCCCCGCCCAUCAGCAACAAUCCUAUCCUAGUGCCGUACCUAUAUCGUCAAAUAUUACAUGUGGAGCGACUGGCAUUAGCGAGCCAUCGGGCAAGCGACCGAGAGAACAAGGCAGUAGCGCCUCUAGUGAUGGCGAUAGCCCAGCGGAAGAGAGAAACAAGUUGGUUGCAGAGAAUCCGGCUCUGGUGGAUACUCCAAACAAACGUCUUUGCUAUGGGCUGAGUGAUCCGCAAGGCAUUGCAGUAAUUGACGCCGCCCGGAGACCUCUCGUGGAAGAUAUCACCAUCAAUCAUUUGAGUAAUAAUGCGUCAUCUAGGAGACGACGAAGUGAAGACGGCAGCGGUACUCCCAGCGACAGCGACACUCCAAUGAAAGAAAGCAGCGAAUUGAUUGAAGAGCAUCUCCAUUCAAUGGAAACUUCUAACAUACGGCUCUGCCUCGGACUCAGUAAUCCGCAAGACAUCGCAUCAAUUUACGCUCGCCGACCUGUGGCCUUAAAUCACGCGGCGACAAUUGCCACUUUGAACCGGUCUCAACCCGGACAGUCUCAGGCCGAGGAAGCUGCCCAGAAUCGAUCAAACUGCGUUCCUCUACUCAUCAACUCCAACGAAGAAGCGGCUUAUUCCACCCCUCUAUCUCUAGAUCCGGGAUUGCAGGCUCCUGAUACUCAGGGUGAUACUCAGGGCGAUACUCAGGGCGAUACUCUCAUGGUUGAUGCAAAAAUAACGGGAAAGUCUCGCCGAAAGAAGCCACAAAAAGUCCAUAGUCAUGAGCAUCAUCUGACCGACAGCCUCGCCUUUAUUGUAGUGCUGCUGGGCCCUGAAGUAAAGUUCGUUCGUUGUCGAGCAAAAAAAACAAUCAAAGACUUUUUUGAGCGACACAUUAGAGAUAGUGGCGGCACCGGCAAUUUCUUUGAUCGAAAUCUACGGAUAGUUGUGUUAGAUCCUAGCCAGCCCGGAGCAACGGGCAUGAAACGGUUUUUCAAGACGGAAGACAUUCUGGUUUACCAAAUGACUGACCACAACGAGUCCAAUACGGUGACUCUGGUGAAAAAAAUCAAUCUUGCAGUAUCUUUGAAGAAAAAAGGAAUAAUAACUUCCGCCUCGCGAAGAACUUUAUCUCGAUUCAGGGCUCCCCGGCGCAAAAGUUAG